AUGCCGCGUUAUUUAAUUUAUUUCGGCAAAAAAUUUUUUAACCUUUGAAUUUUUUUGAAUAUUUCAUGUGAUUUGUGUUUGUGAACCUUUAAGUGUACGAGAAGCCACGCCCAGUGUAAGGACAAACGACUGUGUGUGUGACACCAAAUUCAAUUUCAAAUUCCCAACGGCUCGACGAGGGGACGCCAUGUCAUACCAGAUGAUCGCUCAGUGUGUUGCCAAUUGCAAAAGCAAGUGCGUCGUGCUAAGCAAAUCGGGCAAUUUUUAGUGAUUUUUCAUUGAUUUUCAUUGAUUUUUCUUUGAUUUUCAUUGACUUUCCAUUCAUUUUUCAUUCAUUUGCUGAUUAGGAUUAGAUUUUUUGAGAAAAUUGGUGUAAAUUUGUGAUAGGGAGAGAGAAUUCAAUUAUUCGCGUCGCGUCGGGAGUGCUUUUAGUGUUUUCUUUCUUUCUCUCACAGGGCCGCCGCUUUUUAAUUUUUCUUUUUCUUUUCUUUCUUUAUUUUCAGAGAUCUUAGGACAUCAGCGUCUCAACGGGAGGACCAGACGCAUGGAGGGCCACAGCAAGCAGCCGUCGGGACAGGGGGCGCGCCCUCGGACGUGAGGCCGCCAAAUCGUCAGGCGUGUCCUCCCACGACACUGACGUAAGUCCUUUGAAAAUUCUCUCUAAAAGGCUGUUCUGGGAGGACUGGAUCCGUGGCAUGGCUUGACCAUAGCUCCGAAGUCGCCCUGAUCAAGACCAAAGGUCGAAGGUCAGGAGAAAAGGUCGUGGCACCCGCUGCGCCCAACCAAUUACCAAUUUCUUUUACUGUUGAAAAUUCAAAUUUUCAAAAUUUAUUUCAUGAACGGCCAAAGCAAUACGGUGCCGGUUUUACUAAGAAGAAGAAAGUCGCGAAAAAUGAAUCUUAUUACAAGCAGUUCGGAAUAAUCAAACCUCAUAUUUUCGUUCACGGUUCUCACAAUCAAGAUAACAUUACACUUUUUGGUCCAUUUUCUAAUAAUAAUCAAUGCACAGCAAAUUCAGUUGCAGCAAUUGCUUAUACUCAUAUAAUACCUAUUUCCGGUUGGCUGACAAAUACAUUAGAUGACAUUCUUUUAACAGGCAAUGACCUUUAUUUAACUUCACGUGAUAAUAAUCCUUCCGCUAGUAAUUAUUUAACUGUUGAACAAGUACAUACAAAAUUUCAAAUUAAUAACAUUAAGAUCAACAUUACGCUUGAACAAGAAUUUAAUGGUUACGAAUUUAAUGAAGCCAUGAUCGGUUUACAAGGUCAAAUAUUUGGUAACGAUCAAAAUUCAAUUUUUGAAGCAGCACUGCACAAAUUUUUCGAGAAAUUCACACACGGUGUAAUUACGUGUAAUUUGCUAUCAAUCGCAAUAUUUAAAAUUAACAAUUUAUAUUAUUACUUCGAUAGUCAUUCUCGUGGAAGCUUCGGUCAAUUUGUUGACAAUGGUAAAUCAAUUUUAUGUGGAUAUUCAGACAUUAUUUCUUUAUAUAAUAUUUUGAAAUAUAAUUUUCUUCAUGGAAAUCUUUCAUUUAAUGGCCAGAUACCUUUCUCAAUAACACCGAUUAAUGUUCAAUUAGAUGACAAUACUGAAAAUAAUAUAGGUACUAGUGAGUUAUUAAACGUACAAGUGCAAAGUGAAGUAAAAGACAGUUCUUUCAAUGAUAAUAAUAAAUCAGUAAGUGGUACAACACGUCAAACAGUUGCAGAUAGAAAACGUGAGUACAGUAAACUAUAUAAACAGUUUCGUAGAUCUCAGAGUAAAAGUUUUAAAAAUAUUGAUAAUCAAAGGCGUCGAUUUUUGCUUAGAGAAAAUAGAUUGAUUUCUUCAAAACGUGAAAUAGAAAAUACUAAACGAAAGGAACAACGUAAAAUCGAAAGGCAAGAUCCCGUGAUAAAAUCUAUUGAAAACAUUAAGCGAAAAGUUAGACAUAAAAUUGAAAGGCAAGAUCCUGUAAUAAAGUCCCUUGAAAACGUUAAACGAAAGGAACAGCGUAAAAUCGAAAGGCAAGAUCCCGCGAUAAAAUCUAUUGAAAACAUUAAGCGAAAAGAGAGACAUAAAAUUGAGAGACAAGAUCCUAUUGCGAAAUCCCUUGAAAAUGUUAAACGAAAGGAGAGGCAUAAAAUUGAGAGAACAAACAUAAACAAGAAAUUUUCUGAAAACAAAGAUAGAAAAUUGAGAAACAUUUCAAAACGUAAAGACCCAAAAUUCCGGAGAAAUGAGAAUUUAUUUAGGAAAAUUAGAAUGCAGAAAAGUAGAAUAAAGUCCCACCACGCAAAAGUAAAGCCUAAUAACUUGAUUGAUAAACGAAUUGAAAAGUCACUCAAAGCUAAAUAUUCUUCCAUUGAUCAGGAGAAAUUUGAAAAUCAAAUUCUAAUGUUUCGAGACAGAUUAAAGCGGUCACUAAAAAUUAAAGUUAAUUACAAUUACAAGAAAUUAGGAAAUAAAAAUUUUAAAUUAAAAGUUAAGAAGAUGAAAGAUAAGAAUCGUACCCUUUUAGAAUUUUUUGACAAACGAAAACAGGCAUAA